AUGGCGUUGACAAAAGCUUCUCAGGAGGGAAUAUGGUUGAAGGGACUGGUUGGUGAUCUUGGUCUACAUCAUGAUCAGGCAGUGGUGUAUUGCGACAGUUUGAGUGCAAUAUGCUUGGCCAAGGAUCAAGUCCACCAUGAGAGGACUAAGCACAUCGACGUGAGGUAUCAUUUCUUGAGGACAGAGAAGAGGAUUGAGGUGAAGAAGGUUGGCACCGCGGAUAAUCCUGCUGAUAUGUUCACAAAGCCGGUUCCACAUGGCAAGUUCCAACACUGCUUGGACUUGCUGAAUGUCUUGAGUGGGUGA